CCGGCUGCUGCGCGACCACCGCCUUCCGGAAGCCCUCCCGUCCGGCCUCCGCCACCCCGCUUGGCGUCGGCUCUCGCUAUCACCCCCCCACAGGAGCUCCUCCUUCCGCGGCUUUGAAUCGAAAACCACCACUCCCCUCCUGAGGGCCCUUCUCCCUCCGUCCGUAUCCAGCAAUGCAAGCGUCGGAGGAGGAAGGUCACGCGAGGGCGGAGGAGGCCUACGAGCAGGAGGACGUGGACGGGGAGGAGUACGAAGAGGAUGAGGAGGAAUACGAGUUCGGCGACGCCGCCGUCGCGACGCAGUGCGUGGAGAUGGCGGCUGGUGACAGCGUCAUCCCCACUAUCCGGGACUUCGAGGCCAUGGAAGCGCUGUUGGGCAAGCGCAAGGCCGUCACCGGGGAGCAGCCGCAGUUGGAUGCAUCUCCGAAGAGGAGAAAGCACGGUGAGCUCUCGGAAGCAGAAUCAGCCAACCUGUUUGACCAGCUGAUGGAAGGGUUUGGCCUUCGGCGGAAACGAAGGUCCAAAAAUGGCAAGAAAAGGGGGAGAACCAAAGGAAGAAGGAACAAGUGCAGUCCGGAAGUUAUCAAGAAACUGGGUGAUGCUACUUUGCUCUUCACGGAGAACAGAUUCAAGGAGGCAAUUCCUAUACUGCACGAGAUUGUGCGGAUUGCGCCGAAUUUCCCGAAUUCGUAUAAUCUACUCGGUAGCAUUUAUAAGGAGAAUGGUGAAAUUGACAAGGCCAUAAACUUUGUGAUGCUUGCUGCUUAUGUCUCCCCAAAGGAUGUAUCUCUGUGGAAGAAACUCAUUGACUUGGCACUGAAAAAAGAAGAUGCUGCUCUAGCAAGACACUGUGCUCUAAAAGCAAUGAGGGCAGAUCCAGAAGAUGUAGGGCUCAAGUUUGAUUGCGCGAAUAUAUAUCGAGCCCUUCACGACUAUCAGAAAGCUGCGGAGAUAUAUGAGCAGAUAGUCAGGAUUUAUCCGUCCAACAUUGUCGCGCGUAAAGCAGCAGCACAGAUGUACAGAGACUCUUCUCAAAUUGAUAAAGCUAUUAGUUUGUUGGAGGAUUUUGUCGAUGCUCGAACUACAAAAAUCGACUGGAAUCUUCUAGAUUUACUGAUAUCCCUUUAUCUGAGAAAUAAUUCCCAUGGUGAAGCACUGAGGCAGAUUGAGAAGGCACACCAAGUGUUGGGAUCUCAACACAAAUUACCAGUAAAUUUGCAGGCAAAAGAAUUAAUUUGCCAAGCUUAUCUUGGAGACAUGAAACAUGCUGAGAUGUUCCUUCAGGAAGUGUGUUUGGAGCGUUCGAAAGAGAGCACUGAUUUGGUUAAGGAAGUUGCUAGCACUCUUGAAAAUAUGGGCCAAUACGAGUAUGCAAUAAAAUUUUAUUUGAUGAUUGAAGAUGUUGCUGUUCAGAAUGAUGGUAGUCCAGAUGUGGAUCUUGCUCGAUGUUACAUGGUCAUUGGGGAGAAAAGAAAAGCUAUCCCAUACUUUGAGAAAGCCUUAGAAAGAAUGAAGGACAAUGUCGAUGUACGGAUAACCUUGUGUUCUCUUCUUGUUGAUGAGGGAAAGAGUACUGAAGCUAUCGAUUUGCUUAAACCUCCUAAAAAUUCAGAGUCCUUGUCUGCUAAUAUCCCAGACAAGCAGAAACCAUGGUGGCUUGAUGGGAAAGUAAAGAUGAAGCUUGCCAAACUUUAUUACAACAAUGGCAAGCUGGAGGACUUUGUGGAAACCAUUUUUCUUCCCGUUCUUGAGACACUGGAUAUCGAGUAUGCUAAUCGAAAGGUCAAACCAACAAAAAAGCUUCCAGAUGAUGUUCUGCGUGAAAGAGCUAAAGUGCUGGGUGAAGAGCGUCCGGACAGCAUAAUUCAAGGUUGUAGGCCUAUAGCCUCACCUGCAGAGGUACUGAAGGCAAACAGAGCAAAGAAAACACUAGAGAAAAGGGCAGCGUCAAAUGAAGAUACCGUAAAAGAUGAUACACGGAGAGCAAAGCAAAUACCUCCUCUUCCUGGUCUACUGGCAGAUGUGGAGAACCAUCAGCUUGUGUUAGAUCUAUGUCGAACAUUGACUUCGCUUCAACGAUACUGGGAUGCACUGCAAAUUAUCAACCGUACUCUUAGACUUGGAAAUGAUGCACUCGCUGAUGACAAUAAAGAGGAACUUCGAUCCUUGGGCGCUGAAAUAGCAUAUAGAGCUCCAGAUCCCCGGCCUGGCUUUGAUUAUCUCCGUUAUGUGGUUCAGCAGCACCCGGAUUCCCUCUCUGCGUGGAACUCCUAUUACAAAGUAACAUCAAGAACAGAAGAUAAGAUUUCGCGGAUUUCGCGCCAUCUUAAGUUUCUUCUUAAGACAAAAAAAGACAACCCCAAAUGUGUGCCUCCUAUAAUCAUACAUGGGCAUCGAUUUACUGCUAACAGUCAACAUCAGUCUGCUGCUCAGGAGUAUCUGGAAGCUUACAAGUUGGAUCCGGAAAAUCCUCUUAUCAAUCUCUGUGUUGGUUCGUCUUUGAUCAGCUUAGCCCUUGGCUUCAGGCUUCAGAACAAGAACCAGUGCAUUCUCCAAGCUUUCGCAUUCCUCUUCAGAUGCCUGCGCCUUGGUGGCAACCAACAGGAGGCCUUGUACAACAUUGCCCGGGCAUACCACCAUAUUGGCCUCAACACCUUGGCGGUCACCUACUAUGAGAAGGUUUUAGCCAUGGAGGUGAAAGAUUGCCCCAUACCGAAGCUUCCAUUUGAGGAGGAUUCAGAUCCAUGUGGGCAACAGGAUCUCAGGCCGGGCUAUUGUGACCUCCGAAGAGAAGCAGCGUUCAAUUUGCAUCUGAUUUACAAGAAAAGCGGAGCAGCUGAUCUGGCAAGAAGGAUUCUCAAGACCUACUGUAGUAUUUAGGAGUCGGAAUUGUACCCUGCGCUUAGAUACAUGCUAUUACCCCACUCUGUGUGGAUGCUAGUACUAUGCAACAUUUCCAUAUGAUGUAAAGGCAACUAAUGUUAUCAUGGUGCUAAAUUAAACUUUGCAA